CUGCGUAGCUCACCACUUUGACUGUGCAAGUGAAAGGGAAUCUGACUUGAGGCUCCGCAUAGUGGAAGUCACUCUGUGCCACACCGGGAGUGCCUUUGAGAGAAGUGGGGGCUGUUUGCGGAGAGAGGAGGUCAGUCAAGCGGUGCUUGAUGGAGGGGAGAACAAGACAGGAAGAGGCAGAGAGCAGCGUUCAGCCCUUCUGAAUCUUUCAUAAGGGAAAUACUCCAACAUCAAGCAGCCUGGAUGGACUAAGAGAAAGAGUUGGUACUGAGGUGGGCAUCCAGCAGGCACCAACUGUGAGAGAGGGACACAGAGAAGCACUGGGGGGAGCACGUUUCAGACAGCAACACCAGGAGGGAAAUGGAAGAGAGGCUGUGUUGAGAAAAGAGGAAUUAUUCUCUCCUGGUAUGAGCUGCAUGUGACCCUGCUGUGGGUAAAGCACCUCUAAGAAUCUCUGAUGAACAGAAGACCAGCAGGAAAGCACGUUGCUUUAUCCAAAAGGAAAGAGAGAGGGCGAGGGCACCACUGCUGGAUGGCUAAUCCCUUAACCCGUGAAGAAGCGGUAGAAAAGGAGGAAGGAUAGGAAGCAAGGAGGCAACACAAACAACAAAAGGGUAUGUGUGAGCUGGCCUUUUCCUGGGUGAAUGUUUGUGUGUGAGGUAGUCUCAAUAUUUCGGCUACAACAUUUCAACCCAGCGCAAACUUCUCUGGUGUCUGGAGGAUGAAAAAUAAGCUGUACAUGAGCAGCUGAUGACUGAAGUGAAACAGGAAGGGACUGAAUUUGUAAGAGGACAGAAAGACUGAACCCAGCCUGUGGGAAUGUCAUCCAACGAGCUGAGCGUUGACAUGGACUCCUGCAUCCGGACAUUCAAGGAGCACAUGCACCUGGAGCUAGAGCCUCCCAAAAUCCCAGGUGUGGGGGGAGGGAAGAGGGGCGCCACGUCUCCCAAACUGUCCCCAAGAAGCUCCCCGCGCCUCUUCCGCAAGCUGAUGGUCAACAAGAGCAUCAGACAGAGACGGCGCUUCACUGUGGCCCAUACCUGUUUUGAUGUGGAGAAUGGCCCGUCCACCAGCUGCAGCCCUCUGGACCCCCAGGCCUCCCCCGGCUCUGGGCUGGUCCUCCACACUAACUUCCCCGGUCAUAACCAGCGGCGAGAGUCCUUCCUCUACCGCUCUGACAGCGACUAUGACCUGUCACCCAAGUCCAUGUCACGAAACUCCUCCAUCGCCUCUGAACUACAUGGAGAUGACCUGAUCGUGACACCUUUUGCUCAGGUUCUGGCAAGCCUUCGAAGUGUGAGGAAUAACUUCACUGUACUGACCAAUGUCCAGUGUGCCUCCAGCAAGAGGUCUCCUGCAGCAACUCAGCCUCCCAUCACCAGAGUGUGUCUCCCAGAUGAGGCGUAGCCAGAAG